AUGAAGACCCGCGCCAUCGCCGCUGCACUGGGCCUGUCUUGUCUGGCCGCCGCGGCACCUCUGUCAGCGAUCUUCUCACAGUGUGGAGGUAUGGACUGGACGGGGAGCACGGCUUGCGUGGCAGGAGCUGUAUGCGCCCAGAUCACUGAGGAGUUCUCGCAAUGCAUCCCGGCGUCGAUCACUACGGUGACGGUGACCGCGACUGCGGACGAAGAUGCCGUGCCGACCGCACUUGACAAGCAGGACAGGGAGCCAGCACCAUUAAGGGGUUCACGGAUACGCACAGGAGGCUAUUUCUUGCAGAACGAAGACGGAGUAGCGAUCCUGGGGCCUGCAUCGUCGGCGGGGUACUUCACCUUUGGGAGCACGAACGGUGGGACGAUCGCCCUACAUAAGGACUCCGACGAGAAUUCGCGAUCGGACGCGACGCCUCUCUACCUCAGAAUCAACCCCAAUGAUCCGUACGGUGCCCUCAUCUUCGAUGCCGAUGAACCUCCCCACAACUGGUCGAUACAAGGCGGAUACAUCGUCCCCACUGCGCCGACGGGCGCUAGAUUCAUCGUCUGCUCAAAGGACAAGGCGCUGAAGACCUGGCGGGUUUACGUUCAGGUCGAGGGCAAGGACAUGGUGCCUCCUGGCGUUGUCAAGUGCGCGAUCACGAGCUUGAGCCUUUGA